GCGUACAAUAAUACUGCAGACGUCACGCGUGUGUUAGCGAUUUGGUGUCAUCUUGCUCUUGCGCGCGUUGGCUUUAUUGUACCAACUAGUGUAGUUAAUAAUUAUUUUUCAUUAUUCUAAUUUGAUAAAUGAAAAAUGAAAGUAAGAUUUACAACAAUUGAUAUUGUGGCAGCACUUGCUGAAAUCAAUCUUAGAUUGGUUGGAAUGCGAGUGAAUCAAAUUUAUGAUGUAGACCACAAAACAUAUUUAAUUAGACUUCAUCGUUCUGAAGAAAAAGCUGUGUUGCUAUUUGAGUCAGGCAUAAGAAUUCAUACCACAGAUUUCCAAUGGCCAAAAAAUCCAGCUCCUUCAGGCUUUUCUAUGAAGCUGAGAAAACACUUGAACAACAAGAGACUUGAAAAGGCACUACAAGUUGGUCAAGACCGAAUUAUAGAUCUUCAGUUUGGAACUGGAGAAGCUGCAUACCAUGUUAUUAUUGAGCUAUAUGAUAGAGGGAACAUUGUUUUAUGUGACUAUGAGUAUGUCAUUUUGAAUAUCCUGAGACCACGUACAGAAGGUGAAGAUGUAAGAUUUCUUGUGAAAGAAAAAUAUCCCAUGGAAGGUACAGCUGUGGAAGAUUGUAUCACUAAUACAGAGGUGUUGCAAAGCUGGUUGGUUUCAGCCAAGCCUGGUGAUAAUUUGAAAAAAAUUCUUGUUCCAAAGACAUGUUACGGGCCGGCUCUGAUUGAACACGUGCUACUGGAAUUUGGUUUUCCUUCGAAUAGCCGAAUUGGAACGCAGUUUGAUGUUACCCGAGACCUUCCCAAACUGCAUUUGGCAUUAAAAUCGGCUGACACCAUCAUGCAAAAUAUAGGAAACAUUUCCAAGGGGAUCGUUAUUCAGAAGCGUGAAAGCAGGCCAUGCCCUUCAGGAGAAACUCAAGAUUUUUACACUAACCAAGAGUUUCACCCCAUGUUAUACAAGCAGCAUGAAUCACAUCCAUUUCUUGAGUUACCUAGCUUUAAUCAAGCAGUUGAUGAGUUCUUUUCGAAAAUGGAAAGCCAAAAGCUUGAUCUAAAGGCAGUACAACAGGAACGCGAAGCUAUGAAAAAGCUUGCAAAUAUCCGAAACGAUCAUGAAAAGAGAUUGGCUAACCUGCACCAGGUCCAGGAAAUCGACGAACAGAAAGCACGGUUGAUUGAGAUGAACCAGCCCUUAAUUGAUCACGCGAUCCAGGUCGUUCGUUCAGCCUUGGCUAAUCAGAUUGCAUGGAAGGAAAUUGAAGAAUUGGUGGCAGAAGCCACUCGUAAAGGUGACCCUGUUGCAAAAACUAUAAAAAAGUUGAAGCUAUCAACGAAUCACAUCACUCUUCUGUUGAGCUAUCCGUAUGCAGACGGAGAUUCCGAUUCUGAUUCUAAUGAAUUGAACAAACCACAACUGGUGGACAUUGACUUGGAUUUGACAGCUUUUGCCAAUGCCCGCAAAUACUUUGGUGAGAAGAAAAACGCCUCCAAAAAGGAGCAAAAAACAAUUGAGUCAUCACACAAGGCUUUCAAAUCGGCUGAGAAGAAAGCUAAACAGACACUAAAAGAAUCGGCAGCCAUAGCAACGAUCCGAAAAGCACGUAAAGUUCUUUGGUUUGAAAAAUUCUACUGGUUCAUUAGCUCAGACAACUAUAUCGUCGUCGGUGGCCGUGAUCGCCAGCAAAAUGAGCUUUUAGUAAAACGCUACCUGAAAGCCGGAGAUGUUUACGUUCAUGCUGACUUGCACGGAGCAUCGAGUAUCAUUGUUAAGAACUUUUCACCAUCCAAUCGUAUCCCACCCCGUACUCUGCAAGAAGCAGGACUGAUGGCAGUUGGUUACAGUGCUGCUUGGGAAGCAAAAGUGAUGACUACAGCCUGGUGGGUGGAAAGCUCACAAGUUAGUAAGACCGCUCCGUCAGGAGAAUAUUUAACAACCGGCUCUUUCAUGAUCAGAGGGAAGAAAAAUUUUCUCCCUCCUUGUCCGAUUGUUCUUGGAUUCGGUCUCCUUUUUCGAUUAGAAGAAGGCAGUGUUGAGAGGCAUUUGAAUGACCGCAAACCCAAAGCGCUAGAUGAUGAAGCACCUAGUCUUGACAUGGAAUUAGCGGACGAACAUGUUUCUUGCUCAAGUGACAGUGAAAGUGAUCAAGAUGAAAAGAAGGACUAUGAAAGAUCCGUCGAAGACGCUCGUACCCUACUAAGUUUGUCGCACGUUACCAACGAAGAAGAGGUGGCUUUCCCCGAUACCAUUGUCCCCAUGAGCACGUCAUCUUCAGGCAACCAAAAGGCAGUGAAAAUUUUAAACGAAGAGGAAGCAUAUACCAUUAUCGGAGAUGUACCAACCGUUAAUAAAGCUCAGUGGGAGGGAAAAGGAAAAGAGGAAUCAGGCAAACCAAAUCAGCUCUCAAAGAAAACAUUAGACUCGGGUGAUCAAGAGAAGGAGGAACAGAAAACUCAGCAGUCUACGGCGAAGCGUGGCCAAAAAGGAAAAAUGAAAAAAAUAAAGGAGAAAUACAAGGAUCAAGACGAGGACGAACGACAACUAAAAAUGGAACUUCUGCAGUCUGCGGGUCCGGCAAGAGACAAGGGAAAGAAUAAAAACAAAAAGAAAGGCAAGAGCACAGAAAUUAAGAAACAAGCCGCAUCAAAAUCUGCUGUUUCACACCUGCAAAAAGAAGCAGUUACCGAAGAGACAGUUCUCGUUCCAAGCGAACAGACUCAGCAGUCAACGAUGCUGUCGGUGGAACAAGUUAAAAAUGAGGAAAAUGCUGAAGGAGAUGGGAUAGAGGAGGAUGUCGAUCAGCCCACUAUCACAGAUACUGAUAUUUUGAAUGCGUUGACAGGAAUUCCACAUUCAGAGGAUGAAUUGCUUUAUGUCAUCCCAGUUGUUGCACCAUAUUCAACUUUAAUGCCAUACAAGUUCAAAGUAAAAAUUUUACCAGGACAAACCAAACGAGGAAAGGCCUCUAAGACGGCAAUGUCCGUUUUCUUGUUAGAUAAAACGGCAACAAACAGGGAAAGAGACCUGAUUAAAAGCUUGAAAGACCAAGACAUUGGACGUAACUUCCCCGGACGAGUAAAGCUAGCCGUACCACAAUCUAUGAAACCGAAAAAAUAAUGAGCAUGCAAGCUAGGCAUGUUUACACAAAAUCUAAGUUCCAUAAAAUAAACAUAUGCCAUGCAAUUGAAAUAGCAUGUAUAAAGCUGCGAUGCAAAAUGCAUUAUUGGACUUUG